ACACACAGCACUCAGCCUCUGACUCAUCAACCGACGACAUAUCUCCUGGACAUGCGUUUGUUUGAGGGCGAGUUUCAAACUCUCCGCUGCCCAUUCGGAGAGGCAGGGGACCUCGUGGUGUUCCUGCCUAGCGCGAGAGUGGGUGUUCAUGGCACCGGCUGGAGGAGGGUGCCAUAAAAAGCAGGGAGAGACAAGGAGACCGGGGGAGAGGAGCCAGAGCAAGGAGACUGGGGAGGAGAGACCAUCCCUGCUGCACCCGGAGCUGAGCAGCUGGUGAGGAUUUGUGGGCAAACGUGUGACAGGCAGCCACAGGUGAAUCAUCAUGGCUCAGGUGCUCCAUAUGGACCCCAGCUUCCCAGGGAAGCUUAACCCGCCAGCUCCCCCCUCCCUUCACGGGAAGGAACAGGAGGCGCCCUACUCGGUGGAGACCCCCUACGGCUACCGUCUGGACCUGGACUUCCUCAAAUAUGUCAACGAUAUUGAGAAAGGCAACACCAUCAAGAGGGUGCCCAUGCAGCGUCGGCCUCGGUACGGCUCUCUUCCCCGUGGCUACGGCUACACGGGCUCCUGGUGGACCUCCACAGAGUCCCUGUGCUCCAACACCAGCAUGGACAGCAGACACUCCUCAUUCUCCUACUGCGCCCCGGGCUACCACACCUCCCAGAGGCCCAGCUUCAGCACAGCCCGGGUGGAGAAGACCCUGCUGGACGCUCGCAGGAAGCUGGAGGAGGAGAAAGACAGCCGUCGGUUCUCCAACCUGGGCAGCAUGCACAACAGCGUGGCCGGCUCGACCACCUCCCUCAGCAGCGCCCACAGCUUCAACCGAGCCCAGGGAGGAGGCUCCUUCACCCCCAUAAGCUCCGGCUUGUCCACGCCCGUGUCCCCCACCCCCGCCCACCUGCAGCACGUCAGGGAGCAGAUGGCCGUGGCCCUCAGGAAGAUCCGCGAGCUGGAGGAGCAGGUGAAGACCAUCCCCGUGCUCCAGGUGAAGAUCUCCGUGCUGCAGGAGGAGAAACGGCAGCUCAGCGUCCAGCUGAAGAGCCAGAAGUUCCUUGGCCACACGCUGGGAUUCGGCAGGGGCCGGCCCCGGGGGGAGCUCUACAUCGACAUCCCUGAGGAGGAGGUCAGUGCUGGGGCGGGGAGGACCUCCAUGCCAGCAGGGGUGCAGUCCCCCACCUCCACAGACAGCAUCAAGCAGGACUCGGGCUGUGAGAUAGAGGACACGGUGAUUGUUGGUGGCGUGCGUCCGGGCGGGAAAAGGGAGGUGCGCACCAUCGGUGUUGGUCCAGAGGAGCAAAGGGGCAGCUCUCAGGUGUGCGUGGGAGUACAGGAGCAGGAUCUGGGACUGCUUCCAGAGACACUGGCCCUGAGGAACCAGGUAGGCCAGCUGGAGGGCCAACUUAAGAGGACCAUGGAUGAGCUGCAGGUUUCCCAGCAGCAGGUGGAAAAGGCCCAGAGAGAGAGGCAGUCCCAGGCACAGGCCCCCCAGGCUGACCACUUUGCCAGAGCCACCAGUCUGGGCUGGCAGGAGCAACAGGGGCUGCAGACUGUGGUCAGCUUCACCCAGCAGCCCCAGCACAGACAGCAGAGGACUGUGGGUAUCCAGGUGUACACCCUGGAGCAGCCCACUGUGGUGGGGGUGGGCACGUUGCUCCGAGCAGAGGGGUGCAGUUCCAUCGCCCUUCUACCAGUUGGUGCAAUCCAGGGAGGACAUGCUCAAACCCCGGUCUCAGAAGAGCCACCUGUUGAGCUACCCAUCGCCAUCAGCUCCAGGCAGGUACGAGACAUCCUGAGAAGCGAGGUAUCCACUUCUGUGCCAGUGACUAAUCCCGCAGUCACCAUGGAAAUCAUUGACAAACAGAUGACUUCAUUACAUGUGAAGGAAGGAGAGGCACACCAGCAUACAGUCGUAGAAGCCGUCCAGUCUCAAGAGGACCUCUCAAAGUCUGCUUCGGCCUCUCCCCAAUCCGCUCUGAGGUCCAUUAUGAAGCGGAAGGCAGAAGUUGAAUCUGGCUCUCCCUCAACGAAGAAGAACUUGCAGUUCAUUGGAGUCAAUGGCGGGUAUGAGUCAACGUCGUCAGAAGACAGCAGCAGUGAGAGCUCGGAGGAGGAGAGUGAUUCUAGUGAAUAUCAUGAAGCCAAGGACAAACUGCCGGAUACUGCAGCUCAGCCCAACCAGCCAACAGGUGUCCCUGACUCCCCCCAGCCCCCAGCUACAGACCUCACACCUCUGCAGACGGCCAUCCAACCACCAGCCUCUCAGCCUGCCACUGAGCUGAGCACCCACCUGUUAGCAGUCACAAACACAGGACUUCAACAUGAACCUACCCAAUCACCAGCCAUGGACACAGUCGUAGAGCGAUAUACUUCUCCACAACCAGCCUUUGACUCUACACUCACAUUCCAGUCCUCAGUCAGUGACUGCGCCCCUCAGGAGAGUAUCAACCAAUUACCAGACAGCACAGUCCCUCAAGAGAGUACCUCUGAAACUUCAAGCACUGAACCAGCACCUGAACGAGACAGCCUCCAAUCACCUCCUACCUGCAGCACACCACAGCAGAAUACCACUCAAUCAGAGACCACUGAAGUCACCCAGCAACAAGAGGCACAUACGACUAACCUCGCCCCUCAGCAUGGGGCCAACCAAUCAACAGCCUCCGAACAAAGCUCCCAGCAGUGCACUAUUCAGGCGUCAGCCUCAAAACCAGCACCUGACAGCAGCCCAAGUAACAGUGUAUCAGCCAAUCAAGACAGCAGACUAACACUGGGUGACAGCCUGAUGGCAGCUCUCAAUGCCCUUCAGAAAGCUCUUGGUGAACCCAACGCCUUCAGCCAACAGGAAGCGAGGACAGCCUACACCACAGUGCUGCAGGAGUGGCUCCGUGUGUCCUGCCACAAGGCGGCAGACACAGCCGUGGUCAGAGCCCACAUGGACACCUUUGCCUCCAUCUCCCCACAGCUGCUGGAGUUUGUGGUCAACAUGGCCGACGGCAACGGCAACACAGCCCUGCACUACACUGUGUCCCACUCCAACUUCCCUGUGGUCAAGCUGCUGCUGGACACGGGUUUGUGUAAUGCUGACAAGCAGAAUAAGGCAGGCUACACAGCCAUUAUGCUGACUGCUCUGGCUGCCUUCCACUCUGACAGUGACCUUCACACUGUCCUGCAGCUGCUGCGCACCGGGGACGUCAACGCCAAAGCCAGCCAGGCCGGUCAGACGGCGUUGAUGUUGGCAGUGAGCCAUGGACGAGGAGACAUGGUGCGAGCGCUGAUCUCCUGCGGGGCGCAGGUUAACAUCCGUGAUGACGACGGCUCCACCGCCCUCAUGUGUGCUUGUGAACAUGGCCACGUAGACAUUGUACGCCAGCUGCUGUCUGUGCCAGGCUGCGAUGCCACCCUGACGGAUAACGAUGGCAGCACAGCCCUGUCCAUUGCCUUGGAAGCCAGCCAGAAUGACAUUGCUGUUCUUCUCUACGCUCACCUUAACUUCGCCAAGCCUCCUUCCCCUGUUUCUCCCAAGUCUCCUAUUUUGGGCUCCUCUCCUCCUUCAGGGGAAGCAAAGUGACCACCCUGCAAAGUCGAACUUGGUCCCACUCCCCCCGUCUCUAUGUCUGCAACCAAAAAUGCCUUUACAAUUGUAUGUGUGUGUGUGUGUAUGUGUGUGAGAGUUUGUUUGUCAUCGUCCUGUUCCCAAUGACCUUUUUUUUCUUUGUACAGCACAUACAUAUUUUAGCACUUGACACUUGCAUUCAAUUACUGUAAUGCAUUCUUUUAAACUAUGGCCAUACUUUGUGUUAUUAUCCUCACAGUUCUUUGUACACUACAUUCUGACAUUACUUAUUUGGUGUUGUUGCUUACUUGUUCCAGGUAUUAACUGUUCACAUGACAAGUAAAACUGUUUUGAGUAGUAAUAAUCCCGCUUUCAUUCAUGUUGUGUUUUAGAGACUAAACAGUCAGUAUAAAUUGACAACUAGACAUAGGCUCUACUGUUACAGUAGACAACUAGACAUUCUGAGUUUAUUAGAAUCACUCCUGUUUUAUUUCAUCUGCAUAUUUGACUUAUUUCAAGAAAUAUUUUUCAGAUUUAUGUAAGUAUAUCAAUGAAAAUGUAUCAAUUACAUUACAGUUACAGAUAUUAAAUGUGUCGUCACAAUCCUCUAUGGAAUACUGAAAGCCACCAACAUAUUAUUCAAAAAUCUCAAAAGUGUCCUUUAGCCAUUAAACCGAUUAAUGCUAAACAUAUUCAGAUACAGGAUACCCAUUAAAAAACAAUAGCCUAUACCCAUAUUUGUACAC